CUCACCCAACCUGGCCUCGAGCACCCCCAGGGAUGGGGCACCCCCGGCCUCUCAGGACAAGCCCCCUCUGAGUGAAAAUCCCAGGACCUGCCUCCUCGGGCGCCUUCCCGAGGCGGACCGGCCCCGGAACGGCAGGCAGGGCCGGCGCUGCCGGCCGGAGGCAGCGGGGAGCGCUCAAAAUGGCGGCGGGGCGGGUGUUCGCCUUCCGCGACGCGCGCUGGGCCCCGGACCCGGUGCUGGCGCCGAGCCCGGCCGUGCGGACCCCGCAGCCGGUGCCGCUGGUGAUCGACAACGGCUCCUUCCAGACGCGGGCGGGCUGGGCGGCUGCCGACCCCUCCGUCCCCGCCGAGCCCCUGCUGCGGUUCCGCUCGCUGGCGGCUCGCAGCCGAGGAGCCCGCGGCGGGGCCGGCGCCGAGACUCAGGUGGGCAACGACCUGGGCAGCCCCGAGCCGCUGCGCUGGCUGCUCCGCUCGCCCUUCGACCGCAACGUGCCCGUCCAGCUGGAGCUGCAGGAGCUGCUCCUCGACCACGUCUUCCAGCGCCUCGGCGUCUCCUCGCAGGGUUGCGUUGAUCAUCCCAUUGUUUUGACAGAAGCAGUGUGCAAUCCGCUGUAUUCGAGGCAAAUGAUGUCAGAGCUCCUCUUCGAAUGCUACCAGGUUCCAAAAGUGUCCUAUGGUGUGGAUAGCUUGUAUAGUUUUUAUCACAACAGAAGGCAGAACUGGCCCUGCAGUGGUUUGGUGAUAUCUUCAGGCUAUCAGUGUACGCAUAUUUUGCCAGUCUUAGAAGGCAGGUUGGAUGCCAAAAACUGCAAACGUAUUAAUAUUGGAGGGUGUCAGGCAGCUGUAUAUCUUCAACGCCUCCUACAGCUGAAAUACCCUGGACAUUUUGCUGCCAUCACUCUCAGUCGUAUGGAGGAAAUACUUCAUGAGCAUAGCUACAUUGCAGAGGACUAUAUAGAAGAACUACAGAAGUGGCGGUCCCCAGAGUACUAUGAGAACAAUGUGCACAAGAUGCAGCUGCCUUUUUCUAACAAACUACUGGGAAGCACCCUGACAUCCGAGGAAAAGCAGGAGAGGAGACAGCAGCAACUGCGUAGGCUUCAAGAACUCAACGCGCGCCGUAGAGAAGAGAAGCUGCAACUUGACCAAGAGAGGCUGGACAGACUACUGUAUGUACAGGAACUUUUAGAAGAUGGUCAAAUGGAUCAAUUCCACAAAGCUUUGGUGGAGCUGAACAUGGACUCUGCAGAAGAACUUCAAUCUUAUAUCAACAAAUUGAGCCUGGCUGUUGAACAAACAAAGCAAAAAAUCCUACAGGCAGAAGUCAAUAUUGAAGUGGAUGUUGUGGACAGCAAACCAGAGACCCCUGAUUUGGAUCCACUGGGCAGUGAACAGUCACUGGAGGAUGUGGAAAGUAUCAAUGAGUUUGAACCUUUAUUUGCUGAGGACCAGCCCGAAGUUGAGAAACCUGUUGCUACAGUACAGCCCGUGUUUAACCUGGCAGAGUACCACCAACUCUUUCUUGGCACUGAAAGAAUCAGGGCUCCGGAGAUUGUCUUCCAGCCCUCCCUGAUAGGAGAAGACCAGGCUGGUAUAGCAGAAACUAUGCAAUAUGUCCUUGAGAGGUAUCCAAAGGAGCAACAAGCUAUUCUUGUCCAGAAUGUUUUUCUCACUGGUGGAAAUGCGAUGUACCCUGGACUGAAAGCUAGAGUUCAGAAAGAACUCCUCGAAAUGAGGCCGUUCCAGUCAUCUUUUCAGGUUCACCUUGCCUCCAGCCCAGUUUUAGAUGCCUGGUAUGGGGCUAGGGACUGGGCGGUGGAACACAUGACCCGUGAGGAAGGCUGGAUAACCAGAAAGGACUAUGAAGAAAAAGGGGGAGAAUAUCUCAAGGAACACUGUGCUUCAAACGUUUAUGUUCCCAUCAGACUUCCGAAGCAGGCCCCACGGACUACGGAGGCAUUAGCACCCAGCAGAGCACUGACAUCUAGUACGGGCAAUCCUUGCGAGCAGGCCUAGCACAGAGCCUUUGCCACAAUCCCCCAGAGGGAGGUAAAAGUGCAAAGAGAAGAGUUCACUGCUUUUUUUGCAGUCUGAGCUGUGCAUGGAGCACAGACCUCAGCACAAAGCAUCUCAUCCAGCCCCUUGAAGGGGAAGACGGGCAAGCUGCUCUGGGGCACCAGCUGGCCCCGCUGUAGCACUUGCCAUGUGCAGUGCUGUUUCUGCAUAGCGCAGGAGUACGAGUUGGCAAGGAGGGAUACAGGGAAUGUGCAUUCCAGAGAAAAAUGCAGUCUUAGGAACUUUCAUAGUAAGACUCAGGAGAUUUUGCAAAUGUUUUAUACUUUUUUAUUAAAACUUACUGGUUGUAUACUGCUUUCGUUGCGUGAUUCAGAAGCUUGACUUGUAUCAUGCAAGGCAGUCCAGCAGGCGUCUCCCUCGCUCGUCACAACAAGUGCUUGUCAGGCUGUGUCGUGCCGCUGGAGGCCAGGGGGGCUGCUCUCUGCCUCCUGAGGCCCCCUGGCCUUGUGUCUUGUCUGAUGUCCACCCCGCUGUGUGCUUUCUGCUAAACUUCUGCGCAAUCAGUGUGAUUCUGGAUACUUUCUGAAGAUGUUGGUAUAACUGACAUACUGGUUGAGACUGGAGACCUGACAUAACGUGUGGUCCAGCUGUACAGAAAGAGCCCUCCAUAAAGCACAGUCCAGAAGGAAGAUGAGAUGCGUGUAGACCUCAGGUGAUUUGACAGGAGUGGUGGCUUGGUGGCUGAGCAGGGCAGCUCUUGGCUGGGGGGGGAAUCUUCUCUGCUGCUCUUCAAAAGCUGGCUGGAAGCUCCUCCACAUUAGCUGCAAAAAGCUCGCUGGUGUUUCAUGGUAACACAAUCCACUGGCUUCCUCCCCUGGAAGCCUCUUGAUUGCAUGUUCCCUGAAACGAUUGGUGUCAGCUUUAUUGUUGCAAGUCUGGGAAAUAUGAAGACUGAUACUGUGUCCCCUGCCACACCUAAGGUGGUCUCACAGCGUUGUGAUGAAUGCCAGCACUGGUGUAUCAGGGUUGAUAGCCACUUCAGAAGGUCAGAUUUGGCAUAAUAAACUGCUUGCAGUCUAAGAGUAGAUGAUGGUCAUCAAAAGUCUCUUCAGCAAUAAAGCAACCUUUUUGCUUUGCCACUGAUGUAUGUGUUUCAGUGAUCUGACCUCUUUAAUGACUGCAGGAGUUGAGUGAUGGUACGUUGUUGAAAAAUGCAGGUUUGAGCCAGGCCCCUGUCCUGCUGCACUGCGUGCUCCACCUGAAAUUUGACCAGGGAUUCAGUCCUCACGCUGAACAACUCCCUGUUGCUUUCCCAAAAGAAUAAUCGAUGCUGAACCAAAACCCAAGCAGACUGCAGCAGUUUGGCAAGUAAGCCUCUAGUCUGGAAAAGGUAAGACUACGGGGAAAAUAUCCAGACCAUAAUUGGAAUAAGGAAAGUAAACAGGUGGUGGCUUACAGUCCCCGAAGAGCUGCAGAGCUCCAAGAGAAGUCAUCUGGCAGAGUGAAAACAAAGGACUUGAGGUACUUGGUGCUGAAGCAUGGAGCUCAUUGCCACAGGAUGCAAUACACACACUGCUGGAUUCAGAAAGCAUUACUCAGACUCCUGACCUUAAGAAAAAUCUGCUAUCAAACACGGAGGGCACACCCGUGUGCGGGCAGUGCUGCAGUCAUGCGUGGCUCAGCAGGGGGAAGAGCUGUCACCUGCUCAUGUGUGGUUCCCGAGGCACACGGAGCUGGUUGCUCUCCAUGGCCUGGCCCUAGCUGGGUGGGGAAGGGAGCUUGCUGCCUUCAGACGCCCUCAGAUUUGGCCUGCCGAUCUGUCCCCAGCUGCCUGGAGGCCUGCUGCUUUUCAGGAGUAUUAAGGCAAUUCUGCAGGUGUUUAAGGAAUGUGGCAGAACAUGCUGUGCUGACAGCAGAAAUGUUACACCCCAAGCAAGUGUCUCUUCUGAUCUCAGCUCGGGUGGGUGAGCUGCAGUGCAGGGUUUGAUGGGCUGUUGCUGUUUGACCCCUCUGACACAUCUGGCGGUCACAGAAACUUGUUCUGAUGCUGGGUGCUGCGCAGAAAACUUCCAGAAUGGAAACCCAAACGGGUCUCUGCAGCAGGUGGUUACGUUGCUUUAAAUGUUUGGCCAAAUCAUUCCAAUUACUUUUUUGUAGGAAUUCAAAGUCUGAUGGAGUAAAGAAAUGCCAGAUCAGCUGCCUAAACACCUUCAAGGAAGCAUAAUUUUAUCAUGUCCUAAAUAUUAGCAGUUAAUUUGUUACUUUAUCCUUGUAACAGCUGGGGUAAUGAAUGACCUUGGGCAAUACAAUUACAGCCAGAAGCUGUGCUAAACGUGCUGGUGGUCAUUUAAUUGCUUGGAGUAGCAAUGCGACAAGCACGGAUGUGGCAAAGCAGGGUUAAUUUUACCUGUUUUAGGUUUGGUUCCCUGGUAGGUUUGCUGUAGUUCUACAUGAGCGCUGGUACAGAACUGAGACAAGGGGGGGCUGCUGAGGGCAGGCAGACGCAGCGGUGUUCUCUUUGACAGCAGCGUUGGCUGAAGUUCUCCUGGAGCUCCACCUCUGGGAUGCUUCUGUGCAGGGUUUUCUCAUGCCCGUGCCAGGAGCUGGGUGUCUGUUUUCCAUGUAACUGUCACAGGGUCCACCAAACCCAAAGGGGCUUGGAACAUUUCUUCUGUGCAGUGGCUUAUGUCAGCCUAUUCCAGGAAGAGGCCAGGAAAGGGCCUCCUUGUCUCUUUUUAUCGGGACUUCUGUGGAAUUGGAGGAACUGCUACAAUGAGAAAA